UGUUGCGUCGGUCGCUUGAGUCCUUUUCGCUCGCAAAAAAAGCGCGGCGGCUGGUGUGUUUGUUUUCGCCUCGUCUAGAUGCUGGCUGCAACACAACACGCGUUUAGCAGCACCAGCAGCGAUAAAAACCAAAGCCACCGCGGCAACAAGGGCGCAAAUUAAGCGGAGGCGUAGGAAGAAACAAAAAAAAAAUUGGGCGACCCCAAAUAAACAAUCAUCACAUAAAUACGUAAUCAACAAGCGGCCCCAAAAAGAAGAGGCUCCUUGGCUGGCAGCCAAGCCGCAAACCAGGCAGCACCACCACCCACCUACCCACCAACCACCCAGAAACCCAACCACCCAGCUGCCCAACCACCACCCACCACAGUAUGUAAAGCUCUGGGGGCGGGGGGAGUGGCACAGACACUUUGCGAGCAGGCGGAGCAAAAAAGUGUGAGUAAAGCGAUGUGAAGGCAAAACAUUUUGCAAUAUUAAAGAACCGAAGUGACGAGGAGGACGAGAGGUUACCUGUUGCCGAGCCAAGUGCCAUAAAAGGCCGGACUGGGCGAAAGCGGUGGUGGUGCUGGUCAGGUGAAAGGCCAGGUGAAAGGUGGUGAGAGCCGCGCACCGCAACAAUGGCCGUAAAUGUACUGGACUACGAUCACUUCGCCAUCAGCGCCAUCGUGGUGGGGAGUCUGCAGCUGGUCUUCUUUCUGGUCAACUCCAUCCUCCACAUGGACAAGCUCACGGAUUUCGCCGGCGGAGUCAAUUUUAUCAUCAUCUCGCUGCUGACGUUUUUCCUCGGACAAAUCGAUCGGCCAUCUAAGGCCUAUGACAGUCGCCAGCUGAUGGUCACGCUCUUCGUUUGCCUGUGGGGCGCUCGGCUCUCCGGAUAUUUGCUAUAUCGCAUUAUAAAGUUGGGCCGCGACAAGCAGUUCGAGGAUACCCGCCGCAACAUCAUCCGCUACGCGGUCUUCUGGACAUUCCAGGCCGUGUGGGUUUACAUUGUGUCACUGCCUGUAAUAAUCAUCAACUCACCGCGCCACUCGCAACCGCGUGCCCCAAAAACGAUGACCACACUGGACUCCACGGGAACGGGUAUGUUCAUAGUCGGCUUACUGGCGGAAACCUAUGCGGACCUCCAAAAGUUCUCCUUUCGCCAGGAUCCGGCCAACCAGGGAAAGUUCUGCAAUGACGGUCUGUGGAGCGUUUCUCGGCAUCCUAACUACUUUGGCGAAGUGGUCAUCUGGUGGGGCAUCUUUGCCAUAUCGCUGAAUGUGAUCAGUGGCCACGAAUGGGUGGCGAUCGCCUCUCCCAUUUUUACCACGCUGAUUAUACUUUUUUUGUCCGGGAUUCCUCUGCGGGAGCGGAGUGCCGAUGAAAAGUACAAAGACCAGCUGGAGUACCGGAAGUACAAGGCCUCGACCUCGCCGCUGAUUCCGGUGCCGCCGACGGUCUACGUGGAGGUGCCCAGUGCCCUGAAGUUCAUCCUGUGCUGCGAGUUCCCCAUCUACGACUCGAUGCGGAUCCAGAAGGACCUCAGUCCCUACUCGCUCUCGAUAGCCCGCUCGCACUCGCACAUCUAGCAGUCAGUGGCCCACUCCAGCAGCGCGGCGGCUGGCGUGGGUCAGGUGCACGGCCACUCGGCGGGCCACUCGACGGGUCACCCUGGUGGCGGUGGCCACCACUCGGUGGGUCACUCCCUGCACCGGGGUCAGUGCUACGGGGCCAACGGCGGCGAUGCCGAGAGCCACCAGAACUGCGGCGGCAGCUGUCGGAAUGUCCACGUCAAGUCGAAUCCCUACCAGUGCGAGGCGGGCUACGGUCACUAUCCGGCUUGCCACACGGACGACGACACGGAUGACGGGAUCAUCUACAUGGAUCGCACCCACUUCUACCACGAAAAGGAGCCGGCGAAGCCCGUGACGAGCACGAAGUGCAGCUACCUGGCCGAGGAGGAACUGGCCUCCGAUUACGACGAGGACGUCCCUGCCAUCGAUCUCAGCAAGGCAACCAGUGUGGAGAGCUUUGGCACCCGGGUGCAAACGGAGCAGGUCGUCAAUGCCGACGGCUUGCCCGUAACGGUGACCACGAUUUUGUGAUCGCCACUUUAAGAUUUGUUCAGAAACUACUUCGGAUUUUUAUAUUGGAUGCACACUGGGGUGGAACUCUAUAAGCUGAAGUUUUAAGGGUCUUUCAAUUCAAUUUAAAUGAGUUUAAGUACCAUUAAGGAAGUUUGAGUAGGGUUUGUUUGGGACAUUGUUUUAAAUGAGCUUAAAUAUCUGAAACUUAGUUUUCGAAAAUCACUGUUUUUUAGUAUUCAUUCCAGAACCAAUUCCUUUAUUAACUUACAUCUUAACAGAAACAUCCCUACGUAUGAGCAAUAUUUGUACUUUGACUUUGUUAGAUAGGUAUGCUAUACAAGUUGUUUCAAAUUCUUAAGAAUUAUUUACGUAUGAUUUCUAUAAUUUUUAAUUUUAUAAGCUUCAAGGAAAAGUACCAGUUUCCGCCAAAAAAUAACCUCAUACGCCCUGUUGUCCAGAGUCAAUGUGUUUGUAUAUAAAAUGUGUGACCAAAUGGUCUUUCCUAAAGAUAAACCUCCUGAUAAACCCCAAAGCUUAGUUCCACCCCUUUGUACAAAGAUAAAACUUGGCUCUUUGCAAGCCGGGUUAAUGGGAACUUUUAUGCUGACGAAUGCCAAAGUACCGGAUGUUACCAAGCACCAUGGAUACUCACAGCUGUCUAACACUCUAGUCUCUAUGCUACAGUUGCUCAAAUAACUAAUGUGCCUCUUAUGUGCUCUGCGCACCCCUAGAUUGUUGCACUCUUUCAAAGUUUACGCUAGUCUCUGUUGAACCCCAGAUGAAGAACGAACUACAAAUAGUUAUCUAUAUCUAUAUCCCAACUGCAUAUUUUCGUAUCGAACCGCAAAACCACACCCCACCAAACAAUGGGAAUCGAAUCUGAAGCCAUUUAAACCGAAACAUAUCUAUCCCAAGGCAACGGCAACCCAACCAAAGGUCGAUUUACACACACAAUAAGUACAAGAAUUGUCGCAGUGAAUUACGAUAGAGGACGUUCGAUAGCCAUUGUUAUUUUAUAUACAGGAAUAUCUACUCGCAGUAGCUGAAGAGAAAGUAUACCCCAAUGUAUAUGUACGUUACCAAAAAUGUUCUCGAUAAGUGUACGUGUCUGUGUCUAGUUUGUGUCUCAAAUGUUAAGCAGUAUUACCUAAAGAACGAAUUGUACCUAAUUGAUCAUGCUGAGUAUGGAAAAUAAUAAAAGAAACAUAUGAAA